AGCGUUGGAUCGGCAGAAGGAAGAGAGUGGAAGAGCGGCUCGCCGGUGUUACCUGGUGUUACGUGUCGUACGGAAUCACUAGCCGGUUAGUCAGUGUACUGUCUCCAUCCUGUCCUUGAACGUUUCGCUGGGAACGGUGUUUGCGCUUGCCUACCUCUCCAAGUGACAACUGACAGAUUAAAGAGUACAACACAUCACCAUGUCGAAUCCGUCGUUGAAAGACCUGCCAAAAGUAGCCUUAGACUUGAAAAGCGAGCUAGAAGGUUUUAAUCAUGGCUGUAUGAAGAAAGCAGCGACUGCUGAGAAGAACGUUCUACCUUCCGCCGAAGACGUGCGACAGGAACGACAACAUUCUGAAUUAAUCCACGAUGUGGAGACAUUUAAAGCAGACCAAUUGAAACAUGCCGAUACGAAAGAGAAGAUCAUAUUGCCCAAUGCCAAAGAUGUAGCUGCGGAGAAGACCCAACAAACACUGAUGUCAGGAAUCGAGACAUUCGACCCAAGUAGUUUGAAGCACACCGAAACUCAAGAGAAGAUUUUCCUACCUGACAUGGAUGUGAUCCAGCAGGAGAAAGAAAAACAAGAGUUGAUUUCUGACAUUGAAAACUUCAAUCCCGCAAAAUUGAAACAUGCGGAAACGCUUGAGAAAAAUCCCUUGCCUACCAAAGAAGCAAUCGACGCAGAAAAAAUAGCUGCUUAAAAGAGAAGCUUUCAUAAACGGAAAGAACGGAAAAGAAAGGGAGCAGCGACUCGUCAUUUCUUCCAUUUUCUAUAUCGUGACAUUUUAUAACAAUUACUCAUACAUUGCCGAGAAGAAAAAAGGAGAAUGCGAAACACUGUGUUAAUGUAAUCUUAUGAUUAUACUUAUCCUACCGCCAUGAGCGUCCCUUUCGGCGAGACGUGCAAGUCGACUUUUACACGAAACUAUUAACAACGGAACGACGAUGUAGGUUCAGGCUCAAAUUCAAUUAAAAAAAAAAAAAAAGAAUAAGAAAGAAAGAAAAAUGUAAGAUGCGAUGAAACUACACGCACACAGCCAUUCGUUUGAUUCCUAACUAUUGCCAGCGUUGAAAAAAGUUUGAGCUUGCAUCGACAUUCGUCCUUAACACUAACUCGCCAAAGGAUGUACUUUUUAUACUAAGAAAAAGCUGCACGCAGGCAAACGUUAUUUUCGAUAGCAACAAAAUUGGUAGCAUUGCAUGCGUUACAGAAUAUCGCAAUGGUACAGCGGUUGAUCUUAUAUUUCUGUAAAAAUCAUAUUUUAUAUAACGGGCUAUUGUACUUUUUUAAUAUUUCGUACACGUCGCAUUGUCAUUCCGAUGAAAAUCAUGACGAAUAAAAAAAAGUAAUUUGUAA